CACCCAUCGGAAUUACAUGCCUGCUACAUCAUCAUGCAUCUAAUCGUUCUGUAAACCCGUUACCUAGUAUAUCCAGCUAAUAGUGUUGUGAAACCUUUAUCUAUCCUCACCAAUACAAUCUAAUGAAAACUCCCCCGCCCAUCCUCCAACCACCUUGGACUCAGGCCGGGAGCAGGGUCUGACUCUCCCCACCAGCUUUCUACCCGGAUGCAAUUGCGGAUUUCAAGGGCGUUGCCCAAAUCUUGCCGCCCAAACUACCGUAGCCUCCCCCAUCAGAACAUCGGUGUAUUGAAUACAUGCCCCGCCGCCCUUCCUUUCCCUUUUCCUCUCGCUCCACAGCCUACGUACGCAUUCCGAAGGAACCAGAUCUCCUUGCAGAAGCAUCCCUCGAAACGCCCUCAAACGAACCUCGCAGGGGCUCUCUUCUUCAUGACCGCCUUCUUUGCAUCGCUGUCAGUGCUUGUUGCUUGAGGCACGGGAUGCCGUCGGCGGUUGGCUUGGACAUCCCUCCCAUUCCGUCUUCAUCCCCCGGAACGCACUCCGAGAGGACUCUCAAUUGCUUUCUUCUUCAUGGCCUCGCCUUCUCUUCUCUUCUCCUCUCCGCUCCUCAUUCCCUUGUCCCCUACCGACAUUGUCUUUCACCGAUCCUUCAGUAUGACCACGAAAAGGUGAUGCCGUUGGUGGUGGGCUUAGAAAAUGGCGAUGCUGCUCUUGCCUUGCUUGUCGUUGUCUUCAUCCUCAUCGUGGCCCUCGUCCGCCCCAAACAAUGCCCGAGCCCCCAUCCACCAACCCUGUCGGGCGCUUCCCCACGGGCGCCUCGCGCAAAUUCCAGCGCCCGCGACAGUCUCCACCCGCUUCUCAAUGUGCUGCCCACGCCGGGAGCGGGUGUCAGUCAAAGAUGGGUGGCCGUUUCUGUCUUUGGUUUCGUUGGAGUGGGACCUCCUCAGCACUCGCCGAAAUGACCCACUCGUUCUUCCUUGCAUGAUAGGCAGCGCGGGCGAACACCUGCGAACACGCAACCAUGAAUAGUCCUCACCAAGGUGCGGGUGUUGGUGUGGGUGUGGGCGCGGGAAGAUUCCCAGAAACAAUUUCGCCGCGAUCAAGAUGUCCCACGAACCCUAAAAGAAGAGCGACGAGAGCGACGAGGCCAUACAGAUCUGCGGGUGUUGAGCGAAAGAAGAUGAAAGGCUGCUUCCCUCCGUAUGUUCAGUCGGCACGAAAACCUGAAGACCUACAGCACCACAGCAAAC